AUGCCCAUCAUCAACCGCCUCCUCCACAUCACCAACUUCAAAUCCCCUCUCCUCCGGACCAUUGUUCCCUCCGUGGGGGCCGCGCUCGCCGUCCAACUCGCCGCCGGGCUGCCCAGCGUGCUCGCCUCCACAGAGCGCUUCUUCGACAUCUCAGGCUCGCUCACCUUUCUCGCCGUCGGCGCACUCAGCCUGUACCUGCCGCACCUGCGAGGCCGCGCGGGAAAUGCCACGCUGUCCAGGCUCUCCGCCUCCUGGAACUGGAGACAGGUGGUCGUGACGGGCAUGGCCAUGGCGUGGGCUGCCAGACGUACAUCCCCCCCCCCCUUUCCGCCCUUCCCACCCCAGACAUGUCCAUAUAUUCUCUUCUUCAAUGUCUCCUUGUCCUCAUGUUACGCGUGGGCAAGCGUUGCUAACGUCCGCACAGUAGGGGCGUACCUCUUCCGCAGAAUCAGCCAGGACGGCCACGACCCGCGCUUCGACUCGCUGCGCACGAAGCCGCUGCGCUUCGCGUCGGCCUUCUUCAUGCAGGCUGUCUGGGUGUCGGUCAUGCUCAUGCCCGUCAUGGCGGUGAAUGCCGUUCCUGCCGCGGCGUUUGCGGCCGUGCCCCGGCUCGCCGUUACCGAUGUGCUGGGCAUCGGGGUCUGGGCGGGCGGCAUCGCCUUGGAGACGGCGGCCGAUGUGCAGAAGAGCAGGUGGGUGGAAGGGCGGAGGAAGAAGGAGCACGACGAGCAGUUUCUGAAGACGGGCUUGUUUGGGAUGUGUCGUUUCCCGCAUUACUUUGGCGAAAUCUCCCUGUGGACGGGUCUGGCGACUACGUGCGCCGGUGUACUCGCUCUGAAACCUAUUCAAUUGGCUCUUGGGUUCCGUACGCCGGCUGGGAUUGUUGCCACGACGGCCUUGUCUUUUGUUGCGCCUGCGUUUUCGGGUCUCUUGCUUACCAAGGUUUCCGGUAUUCCGUUGACCGAGGCACGACACGAUGAAAAGUACGGCGGAAGAGCGGAUUAUCAGGAGUGGAAGAGAAACACGCCAAAGCUUGUGCCCAAGUUAUGGUAG